AUGGCGGACGCGACAGUCAUCUCAAAGGGCGACGCAUCUAUCGAUGUGGCGUCCAACCAAGGGCAAGAGCACCGCCUAGAAAACCCUGAGAAGUCAAGAUGGGAGCGUAGCUGGCCGACGAUAGCUUGCGGCGCUGGUCUCUUCUCUGAUGGAUAUCUGAAUAACGUUAUUGGAUCUGUCAACACGAUCCUCUCUACGAUCUACCCAGAUUCAUAUAACGCCUCUUCCGCCGUUAAAAAUGUUCCUUCGAUUGCCUUCGCCGGCACGGUUAUCGGCCAGCUUCUUUUCGGCUACAUAAGCGACCACUAUUCCCGCAAAUGGUCAUUAAUGGCCUCGACUAUUAUCCUGAUCGUAUUCGCUGCAUUAUGCGCUGGUGCUUAUGGCGCAGGAGGUAGCCAGGCCGGCUUGUUUGCUGCCCUAACAGCUUACCGUUUCUUCCUCGGAAUCGGCAUAGGAGGGGAAUAUCCAGCUGGCAGCGUCGCAGCAGCCGAAAGCACGGGAGAGCUAAAACAUGGUCACCGCAACCGCUGGUUCAUCAUGUUUACCAACUUCCAAAUCGAUUUUGGAUUUGUUGUUUCUGCCCUGGUACCCAUGAUCCUGGUCUUGAUAUUUACUGAGAAUCACCUACGAGCUGCAUGGAGAGUGAUGCUGGGACUGGGUGUAAUUCCUCCUUUAACCCUCCUUUGGCUACGGCUGAAACUGAAUGAGCCUGAAGAGUUCAACAGAGAACGUAUGCAUAAAUAUCCUGUCUGGCUUAUUGUCAAAUUCUAUUGGAAACGACUUUCGGUUGUCUCCCUUAUUUGGUUUAUCUACGACUUUUCUGCAUACUCCUUUGGCAUCUACUCAUCUGUCUGGCUGAAAAUCGUUCUGGGCUCAUCCGCUCCUCUUUGGAAGACUUUUGGAUGGAACACAGUUCUCAACCUCUUCUAUAUUCCUGGUUCAUUCGCAGGAGCUUGGGUAAGUGACUGGAUAGGACCGAGGUAUGCUCUCGCUCUGGGAGUCGGUCUUCAGGGUAUCUUGGGAUUUAUCAUGGCUGGCUGCUAUAAAUAUCUUGCCACACCACAAAACGUUGCUGGAUUCGUGGUUGUUUAUGGUAUAUUUUUGUCCUUGGGUGAGCUUGGACCGGGAGACAACAUUGGCCUUGUAGCAUCGAAAACUAGUGCAACGGCUAUUAGAGGACAAUACUAUGGCAUAGCGGCAGCUAUGGGCAAGAUCGGAGCUUUCGUGGGAACAUAUGUCUUUCCCAUUAUCAAAGAUAACGCACCAAAUCCGAUACGUGCUGGGCAGGAUCCCUUCUUUGUGUCUAGUGCACUCUGUUUGUUCAGCGCAGCAUUGACUGUAUUUUUGUUGCCCCAUAUUGGACAGGACACAAUCACCUAUGAAGAUAUGCGAUUUAGACAGUAUCUCCAAGAGAACGGGUAUGACACAAGCACAAUGGGAACUCAAGCGGCAGUCCCGGUGAGCCACGACCAGGAGAAGAACUAA